AUGAAGCGAAGCCCUGGGGUUAGAGGCCACCUGGACCAAGACCAAGAUCCAGGACUUUGGGGGCAUGCAAGGAGAACAUCGAGAUCACAGAGAGUUUCAUAUACCUCGGUAGUGCAGUUUAUGAGACCAGGCUGUCAGACCAGGAAAUCAGUCCUUGUGCUGGAUCAUAGGGCCCUGCGCGAGGUCAUCCCGCACGUGAAGCGCGAGCGGAAGCUGUCCAAGAUCGAGACGCUGACGCUGGCCAAGAACUACAUCAUGGCGCUGACGAACGUGGUGUGCGAGAUGCGCGGCGAGGACAAGCCGUACCAGCUCUUCCCCAACAGUUCCUCCUCGCCGGCGUCCUCCACGGGGAACAACGGAGGCGAGUCCCCGUCUGCCAACAACAACACCUGCUGCUUCCCGGCGGCCAACAGCGCAUCGCCGACUUCCACCGCGACCAACACCUCCUCUUCCACCACCAGUCUGCACAGGGACUCGGAGCUCUACUGA